CAUCACUACAUUCGGACAGCUCAUUCAGAAAGAGGAACCCCACGCCGCCUCCCGCACUCUCACCGCUCGAUCGAGUCGAGCAACCUGGGAGAAAAAAUAGUCAUGAAAUACUAUGGCACGGGAACGUAUGCACUCCGACAGAAACAUCUUCAGAACAGGGAAACAUUUGCAUUUAUAUUUUCACACUCCACGAGCAGAAGCGUUGUGGGCGGGAUUAUUUUUGUCGUUGAAACCUACGUGAAAGAGGAGUUGGACGUUGAAUGAAGAUUAUGUACAGAAUGCCCAGCUUCAUUACAAAACUUUGAUGCUCAUUUUCCUGCGAAGAUUAAUGAACUUCCCCCGAAAUCAACUGGAAUCGAAGGUGAGACCACUGAGUGAGUGCGUCGGACCAGUGAGAGUUUCCCGGCUUGUGGAAAACCCAAGUUGCUGCUUCUGAAUACCAUGAGAAAAAAUUGAAAAGUGAUCGCAUGAAUUAAAUACAAUUAUUUGGCCUGUGGUAACAAAAAAUAUGCCUGUGCUAUUUACGGACACAGACAAUGACACUUGCCACCAUAUGAAAGUUAUCGACUCAUCGAGUCCGAUCAUCAGCUCACUGAUGUUUUCAGCCGGAGUAAUCGGAAAUGUAAUCGCUUUGAUCCUGUUGGAAAUCCGUCGAAGAAAGGAUCUGAGUCGGCAGCGCCCGUCUCUCUUCCACGUGUUUGUGACCGUGCUGGUCGUUACGGACCUUCUAGGAACUUGUCUCAUUAGCCCUGUAGUGAUGGCAUCUUAUGCGACAAACAUGACGAUGAUAACUAUGGGUAAUAGUUCUUCCGUGUGUGCGUAUUUUGGUGUAAGUAUGACUUUUUUUAGUUUGGCAACUUUGUCCAUACUUUUUGCCAUGGCGACGGAGCGAUGCAUUUCCAUAGGAUGCCCGUACUUUUACGGGCGGCACAUCACCAAACGUUUAGGAUAUGCCUCGAUCUUCUUCAUUUACCUGAUUUGCGUAGUCUUCUGUCUUUUGCCGUUCUUUGGUUUCGGGGAGUACGUACAAUACUGCCCGGGGACUUGGUGUUUCAUUGACAUGAACCCACGCGCGACCAAGGACAAAGUGUAUGCCAACGUUUAUGCCACUGUGAUGCUUGCGAUCGUCACCUCCGUUGUGGCUUGCAACGCGUUUGUGGUUUACCAUCUGGUCCUAAUGUACCGGAGGCGCAAAAUAAACCGAGGAUCAACGCGGGGCAAAAAGGAGCGGAGACAAAACUCCCUGGCUGAAGAGGUCGAGCACCUCAUUCUCCUGGUCUUCAUGACUGUGGCGUUCGUGAUUUGCUCCCUCCCACUAAUGGUCCGUGUGUACAUCAACACGUCUGGAGAGAGGAAAGAGAGACACAAAAUUGACCUCAUCGCCCUGCGCUUCCUCUCCAUCAACUCCAUCAUCGACCCCUGGGUCUUCAUCAUCCUCAGCCCGUCUGUCCUGCGCUUCCUCUGGGGGGCUCUGUGCAAGCGCUCAGCCCUGCCCUACCGGGGGGACAUGUUCAGCUCCUCCGUGGUCAAGGAGUCGAACACCCUGAACGACCUCUCCCUCCACAAGGCCGCCACCGAGGUCACCAAGCUCCAGAGCCAGGGCGAGACGGUGUGAGCUGACUAGCUCGCUCCCCUGCAACCCCAGAAACUGGCCCAGAGAAGAGGUCCCUUAGGAGGCAGAGCAUUGAGCCGGUGAUUUAGGCCUGUGUCAGGCUCUGUCGAGCUAUUGUAGUGAGGAAUCGAACGGGCAGUUUCCUACAUGUUCCACUAAGUGUAGACUGGCAGGGAAAUUGGCUUAUUUACAAAGUGACUAGCUCAUUUAGGAUUGCUCAAGGCCGUAUUUGACUUGGACACAAACCACAGGGCAUACACCGUCAGGUAGAAAUGAGAUGAGAUGUUGUACUUGGGCCCAUAGAAGAAGAUAUUUCAGUUACAGGAAUUCAUAAAUGGGGAAACCAUACUGGGAGUCAUAUUUUAAAUGUAGAUUUUACUUGAAGUACGUAUUUGAAGAGUACGUACGUUGUUUUAUGUUCACUUCCCUGCUAAAAAAAAAAUCAAGCUCAAGCCAGGUUCGGUAGCUGGUCGACCAGCUCACGCUACGCUUUGAAGCAGCUGGUUGCUGGUAAUUUCAGCCUGGUCAUAGCAGGAUUUUCCACCAGGGCUGACUGCUGUCAGGCAGGGAGAAAGCGGGAGGGUUCUUUGAGCCUGCUGUGUUGGGACAGGCCUUUCCGCGUCGAGGAGCCUGAAUGGAAUUAAACCGAUAGCGCACCUCCCGGCGCACAGACACACCUUGGCGCUCUCCCUCAGUAUUUCGAACCCUUGCCCUGGGCCUUCUGCGGCUUAGCUGCUGGCACCCUGCCUGCCAGGGUCUGUCAUCACUGCGGGAGUUUCCUUGGUACGGAAAAAAAAGACUUUCUGCCCCUUCAUUGACCAGAAGUGGGUGACUUGUAAGAUGACUAUGUUGUGAUGAUGUAGAUCUAGCCUGCACAUGUCUUUGAUUUCCAUUUCCGCCAGUGAGACACAUUCUUGGCAGAUUUAGAUUAAAAAAAUAAAGAAAUAAAAUUUUAAAAAAUCUUGGACAUAAAUGACAAGCACCUCUGUCUGUGCUUGCUGUAGGAGCAGACUGUGGAUUAAACUGAAUUGUAAAAUACUGCUGAGGUUGAUUUAAUUGCUGUUGAUUUGGUAAAAACAGUGCACUGAAAAUAUAUGAUGCUAGGACGAGUCAAAAUUCUUCUGCCGAAUUUGUGAUGCUUUGUAUGCUAUGCUUUCUUGUAUGGUAUGCCAUGUUAAAUUAUUUUAUGAUAUAACAAUGUAAUGUGUAGUGUCUUUGCUCUGUAAUUCAACCUGAAUCAGGAAUGAAUGAUAUUAAUAAGGAAUGAAUAUAUUCAUAAAUAUGUAAUAUUAAGGUAUUAUAAUCUGUGAUGUAAACUGUUAUGGCCGUUGUUAACUGUUACGGUAAUAACUAUGUACUGUAGUUCUCAAGUAUUUAUUUGCACUGAAAAAUGUAAAAGCUGCGUGUGUGUGUGUGUGUUAUCCAUACCCUCCCAUCUGUCAGACCAUCUCUUGAGUUCCAGCUCAGUGAUCACUGAAAGAUAUUGUAUCCGCAUUAUGGAUGCAGCUUUAAGCAUAAUACAUUGCCGUUGCCUGGCUAUCACUUAAAUAUAAAUAUAAAUCUUCAGGUGGAACCUCGUUGUUGAGGACAGACAAUGGCAGUUUAGAGAGAGCUAUGGUGGGAACUGCAGGCACAGAGGGUCACAGUUAGCUUUGUCACUGUUAUGAUAAGGCGCCCCCCUCCAACAUGAGGAGGAAGUUCAGUUAAGCGUGCUUACAAGUCAACAGGGAGUUUGGGAAGAUGUCAUGUUGUUUCUGGAAACUGGCUAAACAUUCUGGAUGUUGCUGAAGUUAAAUUCUAGGUUCAGACACACACAGUAUAUGCCUGUAAGAUUUCCUAACUUGUCCACAGCUGUGUCCAUAAGAAAAUUAAAAGAGUCAUUUUUCGUAAUAAAAUUUAAGCUUGCCGUUUCGGUAAGUCUCGGUAGUGUUUACGAAAUUCACCAGGAGAAAGUAAACUGGAAACUUGGCGUGCUGCUCUCAAAAGCUUUGUACCAUAUCUCCUGUCAAUUUACUCAGCGGGGGCGAGACAUUCCAACCCCAUUCUCGUUAUUCUGCCCCCAUAUUUUUCUGAUUUCACAAUCACUCUUCCAAACCCGCCAAAGCUGGAUCUAUUUCAAACAACCGCUUGGCUUCUCUUGACACUAAGGUCUGAGAAUUUUAUUUUAUAGAGUGAUGGAGGCUGACAGGAUUCAACUGUCAAAAUCCGGUGUGGGAGCAUUAUUUCUGAACUUAAACUCAUUGCCAGGGGCAACGGCACAUCAUAGCGAUGCUGCUCUGAUUGGUCAAAUUUUUCUGAGAUCCAUAAUUGGCUCAUUGUACCUGUGUGUCCCAUGAUUUGUACCCUAAUUUUUGCCUGACGUGUGUGUAUGCUGUGCUAUAUGUUAAUGUAAUGUCCAGGUCUGGAUUGCAUUCAUCAAUCUAUAUUAUAAUACAAGAGUAUUGAAAACAAUGCCAUGGUAUUAUACACUCCUUUGAUCAUGUUGAUUUUCUGUGAACAGUUUGCCAAUGAAUGAUUUAUGUCAAAAGGUUCAAUGUAGCUUUUGUAUGGAGCUGUAUCCUCAAUGCCACUUAAAAUUGAAUGACUAUGAAAUAUACAUAUGAUAAAUA